CACAGUCGCAACUGCGCAGGCGGAAACUACGGAAACCUGGAAGCGACAACGCCGUCCGAGACGCUGCUGCUACGCUAUGGCGGUGACUCUGCACACGGACCUGGGCGAUUUAAAGAUCGAGCUUUUCUGUGAACGCGCCCCCAAGACGUGCGAGAAUUUCCUGGCUUUGUGUGCGAGCGGCUUCUACAAUGACUGUGUUUUCCAUCGGAGCAUUAAAGGCUUCAUGGUGCAGACCGGGGACCCCACAGGAACCGGAAAGGGAGGAACGAGCAUCUGGGGCCGAAAGUUCGAAGACGAGUUCAAUGAACAUUUGAAGCAUAACGUUCGAGGAGUUGUUGCCAUGGCAAACAAUGGCCCCAACACCAAUGCUUCACAGUUCUACAUUACCUACGGCAAACAGCCUCACCUGGACAUGAAGUAUACCGUGUUUGGGAAGGUAAUAGAUGGCUUUGAGACAGUAGAUGAGCUUGAGAAGCUGCCUGUCAAUGAAAAGACAUUCCGACCUCUAAAUGAUGUUCAUAUCAAGGAUGUGACCUUGCAUGCAAAUCCUUUUGCAGGCUAGAACUGGACAGAGCACAGGAGUGGGGUAAACACGCACAAAAACAUACAUCGCAACCGUUCUGUGGCUUUUCGGUUCAGUUUAAAUUUGUCAGUCAAGGGUGCAACAGUUGCCUCUGCUGUUUCCUCCUGCUGCCGUCUGAUGAGAUGUGGUUCUGAACUGCCUUGGAUGUGCGCUGUGUGCUUUUGGAGAUGUGUACAUACUAAUAAAGUAUAUUUUUUUUAAUAUGAUUGUUUUAAGAAAUUGCCCAUUCAUUUAGUUCAGGGAGAAGAGGAUUCCACUGGUGUAAUAUUCCCUGUGCUGUGAGAAACAUGUCAGUCGUGCUAAAUGAAUCAGUGUAAAUGUGCAGUUGGUGCAGUAGGCAGAGCUUUAAGAUUCAAAGUGCAUUCAAGAUGUUAUAUUUCAUGGUAAAAUCACUGGUAAUUUCUGCACCAGCUCAUGCAUACUCAGUGUGAGAACAAAAUGUAGAUUUCGCAAAAAUGCCUUUAGCCUGAAAUAGUGUUUAACAAGGCAAGAGUUAAAACCCCGAUCUCCCCCACACAACCUAUUAAAGGCUUGAAGAUGCGGUCCUUAGUGUGGACUUCCUGCUCAUAUCUCCCACAAUGUUUCUGCCUUUAGCAGCCCUGGCCUCUCACUCACUAGUGGCAACUUCCCCAGGCACCUGAUACUGAAAAGAAAAAAAAAAAAAA